AUGCGUGCGUCUGCUCCGACCGCUACCAAUUCAAACCGGUGCCGCGAUCCUGACGGCUACUCGAAGUGCUACCACCGCGAACCCUUUUCUCGCGUCAAGCUUUGACGCCAAAAAGAAAUAUUCCUCGUAUGUAAAGUGUCAGAACUGCGAGAAGUUGGACCACAUUGUGCACAAGGCUUUCGGCCGUCGCUAUACCGUGACAAAACUGCGAAAACUUGUUCCUCGUGUUUCUCGGAAGAAAAGUCGUUUGAGCGGAUUUCUACCGUUGGGAUCGAGACCCGUAAAUCUCUUAUUGUAAUCUCCCGAAUUAUUUGAGACUCUCAUCGUUAUUUUCUAUUUUAAUAUUUUCGUACGAGCCCCUGGCCUUGGUCGGACUCGGGAUCCAGUCGUAAAGUAAGACCGCACCGAAGAUCACAGUGAGAUGGCGAACAAGACCUUAUCAUCAAAAAACGACACUGUGGUCAAGAUACUAUGGGAGUUUUACGAUUACUUUCAUGGAAGUGAUAAGGACUACCUAUUGAUUAUGCUCUACGCACCAACUGUGCUAAUCGGUGUGAUAGCUAACAUUUUUGUAAUUAUUAUGAUCUGCAAAUAUCAUUUAAAAAGCGUUACAAAUUAUUUUGUGAUCAAUUUAUCCGUGGCUGAUUUAAUAGUUGCUACAAUAUGCAUGCCGAUGACAAUCAGCCAGGAAAUAUCGAUGUCAUGGAAUCAUAGUGAAUUCCUAUGCAAACUGAAUUCUUAUCUACAAAGUGUAGGUGUUAUUGUCUCGGUAUACACUAUUACCGCUAUGAGCAUAGAUAGGUAUCUGGCCAUAAGAAAACCCAUGAUUCUCCGUUGCAUAUGUAGUCAUAGGAACAUCAUUCUCGUUAUCGUGGGUAUUUGGCUGACGUCCAUGGCUUUCUUUAUUACGAUUUACGAAGCAAUGAAAUUCCAUAAUCCAAUGAAGAAAGUUAUCAAUAUGACUCUAGACUUGAUGGCAAGUGAGAAUUUUUCGCAUAAUAGCAUCUCGCCGAUGCCGCCAGACUUCAAUAUGUGCACGGAGGAUCUCACGUCACUGGGAAUCCGACAAGACGUCUUCGGGAACGUAUGCUUCCUAUUCUCUACCGCUUUUCCAUGUCUCAUUGUAUUACUAGCCUACUCGUUGAUUGGCUUCACUCUUUGGUCUGGAAAGCCACCCUUCGACUGCGAUAACAGGGAAAGCAUCAGCUCGCGACAGGGCUCCAGAUUACGACAGGACAGAAAACGAGUUGCAUUGAUGUUACUAUUCCUCGCUAUACUUUUCGGUCUGUGCUGGAUGCCCUAUAAUAUUGUCAAAUAUUUGAUUGACGUUAAUGUUAUUGAUCCAACAACAUCGACAAACGUCACGCUGAAGUACUUCCUGUUUCUGGGACAUGCAAACAGCGCCAUGAAUCCUGUGAUUUACUGUUGGAUGACUCGCGGUCUUCGUCAGAAUCUCGCGAGAAUUCUACAUUGCGUAUCCAGUAAUUUAUCGCAACAUGAUCCUUCCCGAAGAGUAAAUCAAUUACAUAUGCGUGUUUUUUUUAACGCAAUGACGAUCGCUGACGACGACGUGCCACAGAUUCCAAAGCUGAUAAGAAUGCGAUGUGCUAUUCUGACAGAGCGACAGAAGGAGUUCACAUCAUCGUGCAUGUCACUUCAACAGUUCUUCCCGGCGCACUGCAGUAGAGAGCAUCCGUAUAACGUGAAAUGUAUCAACAUCGAGAUGAGAAAUAUCUGUGACGCUUCGAACGUACAGAAUGAUUCGUCGAAGAGCAACAAUAGGCGGGAUCAACAGCAGAAUAAAGACAAGAACGAAUUGAAGACCAGCCGGCCAGAGUCGGGCACCCUCUGUACCACAGACGGGCGACGUUAACUGCUCCUCUGCCAAUCAUCCUCCUUCUAGGGAUAGGUCAUCUGUUAAUUGUCAAUUGCUUCCCAUUUGAAAAGAUUCCUUGCUUUUUCCCUUUUUUUUUAUUAAAACUUUAUUCUCACAAUACGAAUGUAGCACGCAACGAGUCUGUGCGCUAUCGAUCAUCGCUGCACAAUGACAUUACGACACAAUGUAUGAUACAAUGGGAUUUGUACACUAAACCGAUGACAGAUCUACCUACGAGUGGUGAUGCGUGCGUGCAUGUAUAUAUGCGUGUGUCUCGUGUAUGUACGUGUUCAUAUAUUCACGUUAUACAAAUAAAAAUGUCAUAGAAAAAUA